AUGUCGACGGAAUCCUCAACUGAAGCAAGCAAGGCUACGCGUUAUUCCCGCCGAUUGGCAGGACUGGCUCCCGAGACCGAGAGCCUGGGACGCACGUCCCGGACGAAGACUGUCGCUCCGGCCGACCACGACAACUCGGCAGGACCAACAAUCCCACCGCCGGAAAGGAAGCGCGAAGCCGACGGCUCACCGAACGUGUCGCCCCCGACCGACAGGUCGGACACACGUUCGGCCCCGAAGAAGCUGGCGGUCAUGACCGAAGACGUUAUGGCACCAGAAGACUCGGGUCAAGACGUCGAGGAUGCCGGAAACGAAUACCAACUCUGCCUGGCAAACCCAAGUCCGGCUCCCGGAAGCAUCUCCCUGGUCCAAGAGAUCACCGGCAGCCCGGGUUCGUGGACGCCUAUCCCAAACGACCCCGAUAUCCCCGUGGUCGCGACUCUGGUGGUGAUCAACGGCGAAGGCCUGGAGCUCGGACGGGCUUACGGAGAUCUGAUGAGGACGUUUGAAGAAAACCAGAAGAUCGAAGCCCAGCGGUUCCUGAAGCAGUUCUACGACGAGAGAGCUCGACUCCUGGACGCCAAGGAAACACGUCUGGUCGGAAUGGCUGAAGAGCUGGCGCGGGCCGUGGAAGCCCACGAAGCUCGUCGCCAGGAUGACUACCGGAAGGCUCUGGCGUACCUGCACGAGUGUUACGACCGUGAGCUGGAGCUAGCGUGCUCACACGCGAAGACUGAACGUGUCCUACGGGCGGCCAGGAUGGAGAGCGAUCACAGCCGAGAAGACGCCCUUAGCCGUUUGCAUGAAGACCUAAGGAACACGAAGAGGUCUCACCAGGAAGAGCUCACGGCCCUGUUGGCUGAAGCCCGCCGUGAAAUCGACGGGAAAGAAUCGGCCUACGAGAUGCGGGAGGCUCGCCGAACCCAGGAGAUCUCCACCCUGCGCGAAGAGCUCCACCUUGUGACCAUGGAGCUGGACGCUGCCAAGUCCGCUCAACGACGACAGGAAGCCCUUAAUCGCGCCAAUUCGACGUGCGGCAACUGUCCUGUCCUGCAGGAUGCGAAGGACAAGCUCCAAGCCGAUGUCCAGGAUCUCGAGCGACGUCUCCAAGCGGCGCUCAACCGUCCCAAUCUGCCCUGUGGCAACUGCCCGGCGCUCCAGAAGGCGAAUGAUGACCUCCAGGACAGGCUCCGUGGACUUGAACUGCGAGUCCAGGAGGCCGACCUGAACCAGAAGCGUGUGGCCCUCCAGUUGGAAGAAGCCCAGGGUUUCCUGCAGGACGCCGAACGACGCGUCCGGGAGACCCACGAGCUGCUCCUCCUGGAACGCGAAAAACACGAAAAGGACUUGGACGAGCACCACGAGAGCAUGCGACAACUCGAGCACGAUGUCCAGGAGCAGUUCAUGUCGCUUGGGCAAGCCGGGAACGCCCCUACUGAGCAAGAAAGGUCGCAACUGAACGCCGACAGAGCCGCCCUGGAGCAUGAGACGGCUAUCAACCAGGACGUCCUGGCCCGCAUCGAGGACGGGUUGGCCCGUCAGGAGACCAACAGGGGCCUCCUGAACCAGUCGGAAGAACAGCUGAGGCGCGACCGGUACUCCCAUGAGGCCCGGGCCAAAAGGCUCUCCUACAACGUCGAGAAGCGCGAGUGGGAGCUCAGGAAGCAGGCGGAUCGAUUCCGACUAAGCUCGUUACAAGCACCGUACGGGAACCCAACACUGACACCCUCUCGGAAAGGGUCACCGUCCGGCAAGACCUCUGCAACGUUCGUGACGAACCCAUUGAUGCCCGCCUCCUUUUCAGUCGCGUCGACACCUCGAUAUCACGAAGUACCCCUGAUCGUCCAGACCCUUCAGCAUACUGAAGUGAUGACGGAAACCGAGGACCUCCGGGCGCCUCCUACCUACCCUGGCAGAUCGUUUGAACCUCAGCCGUUUGCACCGUCCCGGACGGGCUCAGCGUCCAACCCGGAUGUCACGGGUCGGGUUGCAGGAAACGUCGGGGGUUUGAGUACGAACUCGGCGCCGUAUCGAACGGCCGGCUCGUCGGGACACUAUCCUGGCGGACACUACGGUGGAGGAUACCAGCCAGGACAGGACGACCCGCGAGGGACGACUCACACCGUGGCAGAGGUUCGGGUCCCCCAAGACGACAAGGUCCCCCUUCGGGAUACCCUGGACCGGGCGGAGAUGGUUAUGGUGGCGGUGGUCCUGGUGACGAUGGCCCUGGAAGACGCCGCAGCGGGUUCCCUGGCGAUGACCGUGGCUUUACACCGGGCUACCCUGGCGGUGGUGGUUAUGGCGGUGGUGGUCCCGGCGAUGGUGGUCCCCCUGGCGACCCGACGACAGGCUCUGGCGGACGCCCGGAAGUAUGCCCCCAAGCUGGACAGUGUCAACCGACCCAUCGCCUUGGAACACUUCUUGGCCAAGUUCGACGCGAUCCUGGACGACUAUGGGAACACGGAGCGACAGUUUGUCAGUAUCUUUGACGACAGGCUGUCCCAAUCGGGGGAAGGAGUUCAUCCACAAGACCGAAAGCCGGAAGAUGUCCGAGAUCACUGA